CAUCACAUCUUGUCAAGGUCUUCCCAUCGUUACAAUGGCUUCGCGUCUUGCUAAGAGCGCCAUUGGUGCUGCCCGGCUCCGGCCGACCGUCACGCGCAACGUCGCUCCUAUCGCCAACCUGACCGUGUCUCGUUCGGCCUCCAGCGUCCCUACCGAGGACCCCAAGAAGAAGGCCCAGUCGAUCCUUGACGCCCUUCCCGGCAACUCCCUGGUCUCCAAGACCGCCACCCUCUCCGCCGCUGCCGGUCUCUCCAUUGCCGCUAUCAGCAAUGAGCUCUAUGUCAUGAACGAGGAAACCGUUGCUGCUUUCUGUCUUCUCAGUGUUUUCACCGCUGCUGCCAAGUACGGUGGUCCCAUGUACCGUGAGUGGGCUGAGGGCCAGGUCCAGAAGCACAAGGAUAUCUUGAACGCUGCCCGUGCCGACCACACCAACGCUGUCAAGCAGCGUAUGGAUAACGUCCAGGAGCUUGCUGGUGUUGUUGAUGUCACCAAGCAGCUCUUCGCUGUUUCCAAGGAAACCGCCCAGCUUGAGGCCCAAGCCUAUGAGCUCGAGCAGCGCACUGCCCUUGCCCACGAGGCCAAGCAGGCUCUCGACUCGUGGGUUCGCUACGAAGGUCAGGUUAAGCAGCGCCAGCAGCGUGAGCUUGCCGAGUCUGUCAUCGGCAAGAUCCAGAAGGAGCUUGAGAACCCCAAGGUCCUCCAGCAGAUCCUCCAGCAGAGCGUUGCCGAUGUUGAGCGCAUCAUGUCCUCCUCCAAGGCCCAGUAAAUGGACGUUGCAUGAAUAGCCUCGCUAUUAGCAAUAUGUAUAAAUUUAAGAUCUGUUUCCUGUGCUACAUUAGACAUACCAAUACGAGUUCCUAAGCAAAAUAGCUAAUGACCUAAUGUAAAUCGGAUCUUUUUCGAUAUCUCUGAAGAAACUUCCGAACGCUGAUCUACCAAGGGAUGGGGGACCAAGGUCGCCCCUGUCGUUUGAAUGUUCAAAUACUCAGUAUUGGCCAUGCACAGGAUGCCCUUAUUCAAGUCAAACGCCGAUUGUCUUCCAUGUCUACUGUUAGUUCUUUUUUUUUUUUUCUCCUUUGUUGCAGUCUGAUUUGCGUCUCUUCCAAUUUCAUUGUGCGUCUUUCGCAAUUAAAAUGCUGGAUGGAAGUGAAA